CGCACCACGCUCAGUUGACUAAUUAAAUUCAAAAUGAAAAGACAUAUUUGUAUUCACAAAAUUACGCUGGCACUUUUUGUGCUGUGCAUUUGUGGCGUGAAGUGCGAAAUCACAAUUGUACCAGAUGCUCUCUACUAUAAUAUAACAACAACACCACGUGCCGAUCUCUACCAUCUGCAUAAUCAGCGUCAGUUUACCGUCAAUGUGAAGGAACUGGAACAGAGCUUGCUGAACUUCAAGGCCAGCUAUGAUGCGCGCCUUGACGUUAUCGGCCUAAAUAUAGGUCUAUUAGAGACGAAAUUGGAGGAAGUGGAUAAUAGAUUGAAUCCGUUAAUGCUGUUGGACGACAUCAACGAUUACUGUGUGCAAAAGUAUCGCGUCAAACUGCCACAAAUUACACAAUUGACAAUCAAAAUGAAGGAAUGCACUCUGAAGGGUACCAAUGCAUACGUUGGCAUUGUAUCGGCUGCGGAAACGACACUGAGGAAUCUGAAGAGCUACUACACCAGCACGUUCGCCUCAGCUGUGAAUGAUUGCAAGAAGAAGCAUGCGGGUAAUUUUGCGGAGAGCAACUACACGACGUGUGUCUCAACAGCGGUGAACAAUGCAGCAACAAAGACCCACGCCGAUACGAAUAUAUUCCAAAAUCAAAUGAAGACAGCUGAGUGCACUGCCGGCACGAAAGUGCGUGAGAUCUUCGAUUGCUAUAGCGUACAAGUGUUUUCCGCUAUCAAAAUUAUUGGUGAAGCUAUGGGAUUGGUGGAGAAUUGCAUUACCGGUCAGGAGUUUUGUCCCUCUUGUGGCGAUGAGACAGUAGUCACAAAGGGUCGGUGUCCCUAUCAUUUGGGUUGGCAUCUGGCCGAAAGCGACUUAACUAGCGAGAAAAUAAAUAACCCCUUCAAAGGAAUCUCCAAAACGACACCCUGUCUGCAAAUCAAUUUCAUUACCAAGGGCAUAGCGUUGUCUUAGCAUCGGUUUUUGCUCAAUUGGAUGCAGUUGGUCUGAUUUAUGAAUAUAUUAUUUUGAGAUGGUUGCAGCAGAAAUAAAAUUGUUUACGUAAAGACAGGAAAAUGGCUAUAUAAUCGCCAAUAAAUUCAUGUGCAUAUGCACAUAUCGAGUAGGUGUGUGUAAAGUGUGUUCGAAAACCCUCGAAAUAUUUAUAAUAAACUUAAAAAUCAUUG